AUCGCAGCAGGGUUUGAAUGAUACAUUUGGCUGAUUUCCUGCAAAUGGUUCAGAACUCACAGAGCUCCACCCUGACCCAGAAGAGCAAGAAUGUUCAUCAGAAAGAGGCUCUGCUGCUGAAGGACCUGAAGGGAUGGAAUCUUCCGGGACCAGAGAAGCUCAAUACUGAUGCCAUCAAUGUGGAUGCUAUCCAGGGGAUGCUGAAACAGAGCAGUCAGGACUCCAGGUGGACUUCUGCAUUGGCCCAGAAAUUCAAAAGAAAGAGCCCGCUGUGUGAGGAUCCUCUUGGAAAGCUGCCCGGGAGAUAUGGUGAUGGGGAGCUGGCCUGGAGCCGGAAUGCCAAAGGCUGGGCACACCCAACCUUCCUCAUCGACUGUACCAGUGGGAAGCCUCUGCCUCUGCCUGGGCCAUUCCCACCCCCUCUCCAAAGGCCCCACUCAGGAUCCAUCCCCCACAUGAGAAUCUAUAUCCUAUUCUGCUGGGACCUGCCCAGGCCUACUCAGGAGGUCCCCCAGUGUGGAGCAGUUGUGGCAGAGCUGGGCAAACAGCUGGGCAAGAGCACCGAAGACCUGGCUCCUGGCCCAGUCAGGCAGCCUAGGUCCAAGGAGGGGCCCAAGUCCAAGGCAAUGCCCUCCAAAUCCUUCUUGCCCACAAGGGCUCGGGACAUAGUCAAGGACUCGCUGAAAGCAUGCUGUUCCUGCCUCAGUGGGCCAGAGGAUUAAAGUUGUGUGUGGGGGGGGUGGCAAUUCAGUUCAAUUCAAGACACAUUUUUUGAGUGCCUACUGUGUGCAUGAUCCUGGGCUUGACACUGGGGACACAAAUAUAAAAAGGGAGCUUACAACCUAACACACAAGUACAGUAUCUGUUAACAAGCAUUUAUUUUUUAAAAUAAAUUUUUAUUGUUAUCUUUUA